CAACACUUGCAAUGGCUGCCUCACUAUCUGGAAGGAACAUUACCCGUUUACACGACGUUGUGCACUGGAAGAAGAGAUCAAAGGGGGUCAUGAUAUUCGACUUCUCCAAUUCGCUCACGGGUCCGACUAAGCGACGACCAGCUGAACGUCUCGCACAGAUACUGGUUACCAACUUCCCAGCAAUGGCUUUAGCCCCAGCACACAACCAUGAAGUGAGAUUCUCGGCCUCCCCCGCAGAUCACCCGCUCACAGUAAUGCUGCGGGGCGACGAGCGGGCUGAGGCAUUGUUGCAAAUGGAUACACAGGGCCCUUCUGGAAGUGGACAGUCAAUCAGCGCUAACCAGACCCAUUACCAAGGAGAUGAAUACGUCUGCCAUAAUCCACCAUGUACGGCCACACCCAAAAUGGAGCCGCUACACAUGCCUGUGGGCUGGCGGGCGGCGAUGGACACGCACGCGACAGGAAUUCAAACAGCGCAUCAGACAUUUCGCCCACAAACGGGGAACUACUAAGGCUGCUUUACGCAGGACAAAAUGGACCGCAGUGAGCGGCACUGCGGCAGCUGCACUGGAUGACCUGGAAUGGAAGACA